AUGACUGAAGAUGAGUGGGUAAAAGAGUCUAUAAUUGAUGACAUUGUAGUGGCAGAGUUACUGUUGUGUCUAAACCAGGUGGCGUCAAUAUAUACGCCCAAUUCAAAGCCACCGAUACAGUGGAGUGUGCGACAGCGCCGUUCUAAUCUCGUCUCAGUUAAUACUAACAAUCUGACUCUAAUGGCUAGCCCCAGAACACCCUUGUCCUGGAGUGGCGCCACCUCCGUCAGCGGUGGAGGGGGAGGAAGCGCGAUUGAUGUUAGCUUCGCGGAGUCCAGUCGAUCAUCUUCUCUCCAAACAACCCCGCUACACGAGAUCUAA